UGUGUCGAGACGCGAUUGACACAGCAUUUCUAAAUAUCAGCGCUGGAUUCCGCCAAGGAGAGUGCGCCCGAGCAGUAAUUACUGUGGGAAGAAGUCAGUGCAGUUUCGGCGAGGAACUAUAGAAGAUAUACAGCAUAUACUGCUAUUCAUUGCCUUCGUAUUGAAGUUCUUGGAAAGACUGGUGUUAGGAUUUUCGUUCCAAAUGAAAACGAGGAUGUAUCUGGAGACAAGUGUUGCAACAGCUCGAUACACUGUACAUUAGCUACAAGUGGAUUUUGUUUAUUGAAGUGAAAAAUAAAAAGUGCAUCGAAAAACGCGCAUUUAGGGUUCACUUAAGAGAGGGCUGCCUAUGUGGUGCUAAAUGGUGACAAUGCCGAUACCCAAUCUUUUGGUGUAGACUGCACUGCAGCAUCAGCUAGACCCAUUUUGACAUUCUCCAGUCAAUUAGGAGGCAGCUGAACACGAAUGCCAUGGGAACGGCACGAGCAGACAGGUACUGCAUUGUACUGCCAGAUGAGGAUGGGCUAAAAAUAUCCACUCUCGGCCUUCACAAUGGUAACAGCACCCCGAACCGUAACUUGCUCUCGCCAGGGGGAUCGGAUGUCUUAGGGGGUGGAGGGGGCCUGGGUGGCCGAGGCAUGGGGAGUCCCUACAAUGGCAAGAUCCUGACCACCGGUGCCAACCAGCUCAGGAGCCGCUUCGUCAAGAAGAACGGCCAGUGCAAUGUGAUGUUCUCCAACAUGGAGGACAAGCCCCGACGCUACCUGGCAGACAUUUUCACCACCUGUGUGGACAUCCGCUGGAGGUACCUGUUCCUCAUCUUCUGCUCCACAUUCCUGGUCUCCUGGUUCGUUUUUGGAGUGAUCUUCUACUUAGUGUCUUUGGCCCAUGGAGACUUUGAUGAGCACCUGAGAAUGGUCUCGACUCCAGGCUCAGGGGUUGGGGGUGGGUUGGGGUCUGGUGUUGGGGGAAGGGCUGUUGAGCAGAAAGAGUGGAAGCCCUGCCUCUUGCAUGUGGAAGGGUUUGUUGGGGCCUUUUUGUUUUCCAUUGAAACACAGACCACGAUUGGCUAUGGGUGGCGUUGUGUGACUGAAGAGUGCCCGUUGGCUGUUGUGACAGUGGUGGUUCAGUCCAUAUUGGGCUGUAUCAUAGACUCCUUCAUGAUCGGUACCAUCAUGGCAAAGAUGGCGCGGCCUAAGAAGAGGAACCAGACGCUGAUGUUCUCCAACAACGCCGUCAUCGCCCUCCGCGACGGCAAGCUGUGCCUCAUGUGGCGUGUGGGAAACCUGCGCCGGAGCCACAUUGUGGAGGCCCAUGUUCGGGCCCAGCUCAUCAGGCCCUACGUGACCACCGAGGGGGAGUUCAUCCCUCUGGAGCAGACUGACCUCAACGUGGGCUAUGACACGGGAAUAGACCGGCUGUUUCUCGUGUCGCCUCUUGUGAUAGUCCACGAGAUCGAUGAGGACAGCCCGCUCUAUGGCAUGAGCCGGGCCGACCUGGAGUCAGACGAGUUUGAGAUCGUGGUCAUCCUAGAGGGCAUGGUGGAGGCUACGGCCAUGACCACCCAGUGCCGUAGCUCCUACCUGUCAAAGGAGAUCCUCUGGGGCCAUCGGUUUGAGCCGGUGAUAUUUGAGGACCGAGACCGCUACCAGGUGGACUAUGCACGGUUCCACAAAACCUACGAGGUUUCCUCCACGCCACACUGCAGCGCCAAGGAGCUCAGCGAGACUGCUGGGCACCGCUCCUCAGCCUCCUCCCGCUCUGUGUCCCCUGUUAGCCAAGCAGCCACCCAAAACUUUCUGAUGCCCCAUUCCCCCAGCGCCUUCUGCUACGAGAAUGAGGUGGCCCUUUGCAUUGCUGGGGAGGAAGAGGAGGAGGAGGAGGAGGCGGAACAGCCAAACCAGCUGGUGGUAGAUGUUGGAGACUCUGAGACUGAUAGGAUUGCCAUAUCCAAAGACUUCCAGAAGAUGUUUCAGGAGACAGGAUCAACGACAUCUGGCAACAACACGCUUUUAGACACAGACAAUCAGAUAGAGUUUGACAUUCUGCAGACUUCCAUUCCUCUUGAUCCUGUAACAUACAAAAGUGAGCCAGAAUUCUGAGGUCUUAACAGACGGUAAAGUUCACCCUACCCCAGACUAAUUCCAAUCCCAACACAAAUCUUCCUGACCUCAAGACUCAGAAUUUAAGAAAGCAAACUCCACACUUUUAGGAGUGAGGAGGUAGCUCUUGUGACAGUUUGCACAUUUUCUUUUUUCUCAACACUGUAGGACAAACAGAAAAGACAAACCUUGUCUUGAGUUGUGGAGUUGUGGAAUUGUUGAGUCCUUCAGUGUACAUGCUUGAAUCUUAGGAGUGAUUCACUUCACAGUUGAAGGAAACCAUGAUACGAUUGCAGACUCCCCGGUCUCAUCUUCUCCCUUCAUAUGAAGAGGUGAAUAGCCACCUUAGAUGAAGAGACGUGGUUCUGUGGUGAAGGCAGGCAGCCAUGGCGAUGACUCAGUCACCUAAAGGUCAAGGUAAAUGAGUUGCCAAGGCAUGAAUAUGGAGGAAAUGUUACACAAAACCAAAUGAGGACAUUUUGCACUUGAAGGUAGAUCUUCAGAGAAGAUACUCAGGGUAGUUUUAAAAAGACAUUGAUCUGUCAAUACUUAAUGCUGUGUCUCCACAGCUGGUAAGUACUGUAUUAAGAUCUAUUUAUGGUAUUUGCUUGGAGUAAUUCUUUCUGAUCUUCUUUGUUUUGUUCUGCACAAGCAAAAGAGAGAUCAUGACAUACGAUA